UGCUUCUACUGUUGUUGCUGCAGCUACAACUCUCCCUCUCUCCCUGUUCGCCCUCCUCGCCCUGCUUAUUCCUUCCUUCCAGUUCCAGAUCCGUAGCUGUAUUCCAGAAGCAGCAGCAGCAGCAGCACUCAGAAGGAGCCAGCCUCAUACCUCCUCGAUUCAUGGCCUCUGUCCCUGCUGCUUCUCCCAUCUCCAUCUCCAUCUCUCCUUCCAGCCUCGCCUCCCCUGUUUGCAUCAGGUAGAUACUAGCAUCGAGAAACGUAGUCAAGAUGAAAGUGGUUGCACUUGUGAGUGGUGGCAAGGACAGCUGCUAUGCCAUGCAGCGGUCUAUAGACUUCGGCCAUGAGAUAGUAGCCCUUGCCAAUCUACUGCCUGCAGAUGAUGAUGUUGAUGAGCUUGACAGCUUCAUGUUCCAGACUGUGGGCCAUCAAAUGAUAGGUGCCAUAGCCCAAUGUAUGGGCCUGCCGUUGUUUCGCCGGCGCAUUCGAGGCACGUCCAGAUUGCAGGAGUUGAGAUACAAGAAAACUGAUGGGGACGAAGUGGAAGAUUUAGAGAAACUUCUGAUGGCUGUGAAGCAGAAGCACCCUGACAUUAAUGCUGUUUCUUCAGGAGCUAUUGCAUCCAAUUAUCAGCGAUUGAGAGUGGAAAGCAUAUGCUCUAGAUUGGGUCUCAUUUCUCUUGCUUACAUGUGGGAGCAAGAUCAGGCUACACUUCUUCAGAACAUGAUUGAUAGUGGGAUCCACGCAGUGCUCGUCAAGGUGGCUGCAAUUGGUAUGGACCCAUACAAACAUUUGGGGAAGGAUUUGGCUUCUGUGCAGCCGUAUCUUACUCACCUCGCCUGUCUGUAUGGAAGCAACGUAUGUGGUGAAGGUGGAGAGUACGAGAGUCUGACUCUCGAUUCUCCUCUAUUUAAGCAUGCACGAAUUGUUUUGGAUGAGUUUGAAGUCACAUUGCACUCACCAGACCAAAUUGCCCCCGUCGGUGUGCUUCACCCAACGAAAUUUCAUUUGGAAGCUAAAGAUUCAUCAGCAAAGUUGAGUCCUGGCUUGUUGUCCUCGGUGUAUGAAGUAGCAGACGACAUGCCUGAGAAGGAGGAGAUGGUCAUGAAAGGCGAGGAAGUCUCAGUGAUCGAGUUGAAAAAUAUACGCUCGAGUGUCGAAGUCCUAACCACAAUUAUUUCUCAACAGCACGGCAUUUUCACAAUAUGCUGUUGGCUGUCAAAUAGUCAGAAACUUGAUGUGCAGGAAGAACUUGGGCUACUAUUGUCCACUGUUGAAAAGACUCUUCAUACCAAGGGUCUCACCUGGGGCAACGCUGUAUAUGUUCGCCUCUUUCUUGAGGACAUGGUCUCCUUUGGGGUUGCCAAUGAAGUCUACGUGAAGAAUAUCACUGAGCAGAAGUGUGAGAGAGGAGUACCCUCUCGGUGUUGCAUGCAAGUGUGCUUACCAGAGGCCUGCAUGGGCGGAGCUUUGGUAGAAGUCACAGCUGCUUCAGAUUUAAGCAAGCAGGUCCUUCAUGUUCAGAGUAUUUCUUGCUGGGCUCCGAGCUGCAUUGGCCCUUAUAGUCAGGCAACACUGCAUAGGAGUAUACUGCACAUGGCUGGGCAGCUUGGUUUGUACCCUCCUACUAUGGCGCUGGUGCAAGGUGGCGCAGCCUUGGAAAUGCAACAAGCUUUGAAGAACUGUGAGGCAGUAGCAAGGGCUUUCAAAGUCAGUCUACGAAAUGAUUCUGUAGCCAUCACAAUUUACUGUUCAGCUGCUUUGAGUGUUGAGGACCAAGUGCAAGUUGAGCGUUGUCUUUAUGAAUUUCUCGAAGGAGUGGAGGAAGAUGAUGAUAACGAAUCUCAGAGCAUGAGAACAGAUUUGAAAAUCUCAAAUCCACUGAUAUUUUUUGUUCUUGUGCCAGCAUUGCCGAAAGGGGCGGCCGUCGAAUUGGAACCUUCCUUGUAUGUGAAUUCGAGCAUCUACAACGACAACGACUCUGAGUCUGAUUCAAGUCUAUCUUGGAAACACGUCCACGUUGAACCUCCAACCACUAUUGGCAGCUCAGUGGUCAGAAAUAGGACACUUGCGUGUAGUCCAUGCCAAGGGUCGGUCCUACCAAGGAAGUAUGGUCGAGCUAGUAUUUGCAUCAGUAAUUUCUCUGCUGGCUCUUUGGGGUUGAUCAACACUAGCGAAAAUGCUGGGGAAGCGCGUGUAGACCUGGAAGAGUUGCAGGAGCUAAUAUCUUCAGCUGUAGCCACACUGAGGUUUAGAGUUUUCGAGGAGAUGGCAAGACUUUCAUGGAACGAAGUCACGGCGUUUCGGGUUUACUAUGAUGCCAUAGCAGUUCAUGCAGCUCCAUUAUAUACAGCUGUGACUAAGGCUUUAGACGAUUUCCGUAUAGCUGAGGGGUGUAGUGUUGCCCCGACCUUGAUACCAGUAAGCGGAGCAAGCUUCACACUGAAAAUUAGGGAACUCGUUCUUUUCGACGUGACUGCUGCUAGUACCCAUCUUCAAACAUAAGAUCCAUACAGAAUCUCUCAUCCAGUGUUUCACCCUGCCCAGAGAAUUGUUACCCAAUCACCUUAACUGGAUCAACAGCAGUGUGGUCUGCAAGUCGGUAAUGGCUAAUAUUUUGAAUUUGGGAUAUAACCUUGCUAACCCAUCCAGGUUUUGCUAGUAACGGAAAACACCGACGAUGACAGUAACAAAACACUCCAGCGACCAGUUGGAAUUUCUGCCUCCUAUUUCACGAGGCAUUCCAGAUCAUAAUUAUUACUCGUGUUCAGUGCAAGUACUUGGAAUCAGCAUUGUCAAGCAGUAGGAGGGUGGAUGCGUGGGGAUCCCUUUUCGACACAAUCGAUUCACGUUAUGUAGGCACUAUAUGUCGUACCUAUUGUAGAAGGAUGAUUGAUGAUAGUGAUUAAAAGGCCACUUCGUGUGUAUUUUCCAUGUUUAAAGACGGAGUUGUACACCUACAAUGUGAAAGUUAUGCUCGAAGUUACACUUCAUAUGUCUCGUUGACGGUUAAUGAAGCUUUUA